CUUUCCAAAUUCAUAACUCCACCUUCUCUCUCUAAAAUCCAUUAUCUCUUUCUCACUCUAGAAUUUUCUCUCUCAUUUUCUCUUUAGAAAAUCUUUUGAGCUUCCAGAACCUUCUGCCUGAUCGAUAUUUUGCAGAAACUCGAUUUGAUAUCGUGGCUCGAGCUGCAUGAACUGGUUCGUGAAGCUGGAUUCGUCGUCUUCAAACUUGAAUUCCAACUACUUCGUUACCUGUUUGCUGAUUUUCUUCCUCCAUUUCUCGCCUCAAUCGAUCUCUUUUGCUUCGAAUUUCGACACUGAAUUCUUCACUAACAGUAAUCUGAUUUUUUGGUCCAAUUAUGGAGUCCAGAAAUAAGCGUAGUCAUCAGUUAACCAGAGCUCUUUGCUAUGGAAACAGCAAGCAGGAGGGGAGGUCACCAUCUGUUAUUAUUGUUGGUGGUGGCAUGGCUGGGAUUGCUGCUGCACGUGCACUCCAUGAUGCUUCGUUUCAGGUUGUUCUCUUAGAGUCAAGGGAAAGAAUUGGUGGCCGAAUUCACACUGAUUACUCAUUUGGUUUUCCUGUUGACCUGGGAGCCUCAUGGUUGCAUGGAGUUUCCAAGGAAAACCCACUGGCUUCGGUCAUUGCGAGGCUGGGGCUACCCCUUUAUCGUACGAGUGGAGAUAACUCCGUACUUUAUGACCAUGAUUUGGAGAGCUAUGCACUUUUUGAUACGGAUGGGAAUCAGGUUCCCCAAGAGUUGGUAACAAAAGUUGGUGGAAUAUUUGAGACAAUUUUAGAGGAGACAAAUAAAAUAAGAGAUGAAUUCAAUGAAGACAUGUCCGUGUUUCGUGGUCUUUCAAUUGUUUUGGAUAGGAAGCCUGAACUAAGGUUGGAGGGCCUUGCUCAUAAGGUGCUUCAGUGGUAUUUGUGCAGAAUGGAGGGUUGGUUUGCUGCAGAUUCUGAUACUAUCUCACUAAAAGAAUGGGAUCAGGAGGUGCUUCUCCCUGGUGGACAUGGUCUAAUGGUCCGGGGCUACUUGCCUGUUAUAAAUACCUUAGCCAAGGGUCUUGAUAUUCGCUUGGGGCACAGGGUCACAAAAGUAAUUAGGCGAUAUAACGGAGUAAAGGUAACAGUGGAAAAUGGUAAAACAUUUUUUGCUGAUGCUGCCAUCAUUGCUGUUCCACUUGGGGUGCUUAAAGCAAAGAGAAUAGUGUUUGAGCCAAAACUCCCAGACUGGAAGGAAGCUGCCAUUGCUGAUCUUGGAAUUGGAGUUGAGAACAAAAUCAUCUUACACUUCGAAAAUGUGUUUUGGCCUAAUGUGGAAUUCUUGGGAGUAGUUGCAGAUACAUCUUAUGGAUGCAGCUACUUCCUUAAUCUCCACAAAGCCGCAGGUCAUCCUGUCCUUGUUUACAUGCCUUCUGGGCGGCUUGCCAAAGACAUCGAAAAGAUGUCUGAUGAAGCAGCUGCCAACUUCGCAUUCAUGCAGCUCCAGAGGAUUCUUCCAGAUGCUUCUUCACCGAAUCAGUAUCUUGUGUCUCGGUGGGGCUCAGAUAUAAAUUCACUAGGUUCCUAUAGCUAUGAUGCUGUAGGAAAAUCACAUGAACUGUUUGAGAGGCUACGAGUCCCAGUGGAUAAUUUGUUCUUUGCUGGGGAAGCAACAAGUAUGAGUUAUCCAGGUUCCGUCCAUGGGGCAUUCUCCACGGGAAUGAUGGCAGCAGAAGAUUGCCGAAUGCGGGUUCUGGAGCGCUAUGGAGAGCUUGAUUUGUUCCAGCCAGUGAUGGGAGAAGAGGCUUCUUUGUCUAUCCCUCUUCAGAUAUCACGUAUGUAAUCAAAUCUUCUUUGCGUCAUAAUUAGUGGACACAACCAGAAUCUGUUUUCUUCUUCACUACCGUCUACCUCUAUAUAUAGUGAUGCUUUGGUUAUAUUCUCUAGUCUUUUGAAGUCACCUUUUAUGUUGCAUAUCCAUAGUCAAUGUUUGUUAUGAACUGGUUAUAUGUAUAUUGUGUACCUAAGAGGCUUUGCAUGCAUGAUAAAAAUAUGCCCAUUCGUGUUUUCUGUCA